AAAUCUACUUCAGCUGCUGUCAGCUGAAAAAGUACACGUCUAUCUGAUUUAGAAUUUCACUCCGACAACUCACCAUCUUCCGUAAUCAUCAUGACUGUAGCCGAUCUUGUCGCUCCCCUUAAAAAGGAACCUGGUUUGCAUUACAAAAAUCCAAGAUUUCCAUUGAAAGUUAAACUAGCGAACAAGUUAGAAGUUGGAACCAAAAUUCAUAUCCAUGGGGCUGUAUUUGUUACAGCAUCAAGGUUUGCAGUGAAUCUGAAGGAUGCUGAAUGCGAUGCCAACAAUUAUUUCCAUUUCAAUCCCCGAUUGGAUGAAGGGUGCGUGGUCCGAAACGCUCGUCUUGAUGAAUCCUGGGGUGAUGAGGAAAGAGAGGGUGAUAUGCCUUUUGAAGCUGGCCAACCAUUUUUGAUCACCAUCACAGCAACAGAUGAUGACUAUGAUGUUGAAGUAAACGGAAAUCCAUUUGCUAAGUUCAACCACAGAGAAGGACUGCCAUUCGCUAAUGUGUCUCAUAUAGCAAUGUGGGGAGAUGUUACAAUUUAUGGAAUUUACGUUCCAUUCCCCUCCAUAAAUAUUCCUUUGAAUCUUCGCAUUCCCAAAAAUGCUUUUGUGGGAGACAUUUAUCUCAUUGAAGGCCAUGUUCCUGGUGGAGCUGACAGAUUCCACGUAAAUCUGCAGUGUGGUGAAAGAGAAGAUGCAGAAAUCUUGUACCAUUUUAAUCCUCGGUUUGGUGACAACGCUUUAGUGUGCAACAGCCGUUGUGCUGAUUCCUGGGGUGAUGAGGAAAGAUUUGAUGGCUUACCCGUCGCUUCUGGAGAAAAUUUUAGCUUGUGCAUUGUGGUGUCAAAAGAUGGUUUUAUACCAAUGAUGAAUAACCAGCCCUUGCCUACCUUCAACCACAGAGUGGCUUAUUCAGGUGCAUGCACAAUUAACGUGGAAGGUGAUGUUGAGUUGAAAAAAAUUGUUCUAGAUUGUCCUCCAGCUAGAAUGCCUCCUCGAGUACCAGACAUUGAUAUUGAUACUUUUGAAGAAAUUACUACUCAGGCUCUGAGGGGACAUGCACCUGUUUCUUUACCACUUAUUGGACAUUUCGGUUCUGAAAAAGUUAUUUACAUUUCUGGAAAAGUUGAUAAUGAUCCAUCACGAUUUGCCAUAAAUUUACAAUGUGGUGAGAGCCCAGAUGAUGAUAUUGCCAUGCACAUUAACCCAAGGUGGGAUGAUUUCGAAGGUUCUGUGUUGGUUUUCAACUCUAGAGAAGCCGAUGCAUGGGGUGAAGAAUUAAGAAAACCAAACCCAAUAGUUUCUGGAGAGGAAGUUGACAUAUACAUCAUUGGAUGUUCUGAAGGAUUUAGUAUUCUAGUCAAUGGUGAAGUUGUUGAAGAGAUUGAACAUCGCAUGGACAUAAGUAGAAUUACACACAUCAGCCUUGAUGGUUCAAUCAUGCUCUACAGAGUGCUGGCUAAUUAAUCUAAAACUGUACGAAUGAGCUUAACAUAUGAAGCAGCUACAUAAGAAUCUCAGCUUCUAAAUAUGUCUUCUGGUCUAUAGGGGCAGGGAAUGAAAAAAAAAAAGCCCUUAAAAGGCAGCACAUAACAUAGACUUUAAAUUGAUGUCUUUAAAGAUUUUUCUCUAUUUUCAUAAUAUUUGCUUGUUUCGAAUUUUCUUGUUAAAAAUUAUGAUAGAGCUUAAAAAGUUAGUUGAAUUGAAAGAUCUACGGCUAUUUUCUUCAAAGUAAACCAUAAAAACUAAUGUAGAUUUUUAGUAUAGAAAUGGUUCAACAUAUUUUCUAUUGGUUGUAGCUGAUUUGUAGUAUUAUUUUGUGGUAUGCACAAAGUUUAGAAUUUUAAAUUAUGCCUAAUUAAAAGCUAUUUUCAUCUAAAAUUGUAAAUUUACCUACAGUUCUGCUCUAUGUUUCAUUGACAUUUUAGAAAGUGCUUUUUCAUCUUUUUAUUGUCACACUGUUAAUGGGUUUGGAUAUAGAGGUUUUUGUUGUGAUUUAUAUGGCAUUUUUGUCACCUGCAAGGUGCAAUCUGAAUUUUGAGGUGCAUUAUUUGUGUUUUUCUAUAUUAUAUUUUUCUUUAACAUAGGAAUACCUGACAUUUUCUGUCUGAUUUGAUUUUGUUAAUUUGUAAUAAAUUUAUGACUGGA